AUGUUUGCCAUCGCUCGCACCAUCGCUCGCCCUGCUCUCGCGCGCACCUUCGCGGCCCCUGCUGGUGCUGCAUCGCUGCACACCCUGCCGCAACUCCCUUACGCCUACAAUGCUCUUGAACCUCAUAUCUCUGAGCAGAUCAUGACGCUACACCACACAAAGCAUCACCAGACCUACGUCAACGGUCUCAAUGCUGCUGAAGAGGCCUACUCCAAAACGCAUGACACCAAGCAGCGCAUCGCUCUCCAGUCUGCGCUUAAGUUCAACGGCGGUGGUCAUAUCAACCACUCCCUCUUCUGGAAGAAUCUCGCCCCGGCCUCAGAGGGCGGUGGAAAGCUCGCCGACGGCCCUCUGAAGUCCGCCCUCGAGCGCGAUUUCGGGUCCGUCGACGAGUUUAAGAAGAAGUUCAAUACUUCCACAGCCGCUAUCCAAGGCAGCGGCUGGGGCUGGCUCGGACUCAACCCGACCACGAAGAAGCUCGAGAUCGUGACUACUGCCAACCAGGACCCGCUAAUCUCGCACACGCCUAUCAUAGGCGUUGACAUCUGGGAACACGCUUUCUACCUGCAGUACAAGAACGUCAAGCCCGACUACCUCAAUGCCAUCUGGAACGUUAUCAACUUCAAGGAAGCCGAGUCUCGUCUCGUCGAGGCGUCCCAGUAG